UUUUUGACAAUUUCAAAUAUUCAACAAAUUAAUUUAGUAUAGAUACCUCUCGACUCGAGCACAUUUAAAAUUCUACGUAUAAUAACCAACAAUAAAAUCAGGCAAUGUAUUAGUGGGAAAAACUCAAUUCUUAUGUUGACCCGAAAAGAAAAUGCAAUCAAAAUUUGCGCCCUCCGAGAGGCCGGGUCAACAAUCGCGGUAUUCCAUCAUAACAGAAAGUUACACACGGCCCCAGCGUGGAGUGUUCCGCCAACCACGUCAACAGUACGAAGUGUACCACAAAGCAGCAAAUUCCCUCUGUAAAGUUAGUGAUUUUGACUCUCCGAUAAACCCACUGACGGAUGCAGUAGCUGCUCGAAAAAAUGCCAAACUCUACAGCCCCAAUAACAUGUAUGAUCGGAAACCACCCGUCACCAAAAUGAUCCAACGUAUGCUCUUAAUACAUGAUACUCUUCGCAGCAACCAGAUUCAACAGGCGAGACAACGCAAGUUGAGACAUCGAAGAGUAAGAGACUACAUCAAUCUAUCAGAUAUCACCAUUGAUGGUGAAAUACCUUCCGAUGGUAUCCUGGUAGAGAAAAUAAUGAAUUCAGGGCUUGUUAAUGAGAAACCCUCGAAAGCAAAUCAAAAGAAACAUAAAGACUGCCCAGAUGGUAAAAAACGUGUGAAAAGAGUAACCAGGGGAAUACAAUGUAAUGGAAUAAGGACCAUUGAGGCUGAAGUCCAACAUGACAUUAUUAUGGCAGACUCCCAGGCACAGUAUGAUCAAACAAUUGCAUCCAUGUCGCAGAGACAUCUCGGAACGCAAACAAUUCGCCAACCGGAUAUUAAAAAACUUACAAAAGAAGAAAUCCUGGAUCUUUUAAGAGCAACCUACACAACUGUUGAUGUAGGUAUCGGAGUCAACUAUAAAUCACACCAUGUGUCCCAUGCAAAGGUACCUCCUGCUCGAUCAGCGGUAAAACAAUCAUCACAUCUACCCCCACCACCACCAGCUCAGAAGGAGUCAUCACGCUUCAAACUCAGUAAGAGCAAACAACCUUCUCUGAAAACCACCUCAGUCCGCGACAUGUACAACAAGAAAUUGAUGAAGCUGCGUUUGUGUGGCAGCAAAAUUCCCACUAAAGACAUAUUCCAGGACGCUAUCGACCACAGCGACCCACGAUCUGACAGUGCGGCAUCGUUAACGCCUAGCUCAGACCCGCAGGACGAUGAUCCGUAUACCAUGGACAAGCAUGAAGUGCAUUCGUCUGAAGUCCUUUUGAAGCAGCACGCCAAGAGCACGCCGCAUAUCUCGCGGAUACCGAGGAUCAUCAUCAGUAAACUGCUGAGCAAUAAUGGUUCCAAUUCAAGAGACAUACAAGCGAAAUAAAUAAAGAAGAGAAGAAUGUUGGAACAAAGGAGAAAAUGGCGGAUAUAUUGGUAGGAACUCGGCAUUUUGUAGAAAAUGCGAUGGCGGUGCUCUUGGUGCAGCCAUGUGCUGCGGUAUCAUCGAGAUUGGCGCAGUUGACGCAUUUGAAUUUCAAUCGAGCACGCAGGGAGCGAUGGCUCGUGCGGUUGAAUACAUUUCGGCCACUUUAGCACCUGAUCCAUUAUGCUACCUACCACUCGAGCGGAGAAGAGUGCACAUGGCUGUGCGCAUGAAUCGUUUCCCAAAAUAAUGUCGAUAUUUCCAAAUGAUCAUCUUAUUUAAAACGAAUGUGCUGUCAGAUCAAUAAAAAUAUGAUAACUUAAAACAAAA